AUGCGAUUCCAUAAAAAUUUAUUUAGAUUUUCUGCUAUGCUUUUAUUAAGUGAUACCUUUGUCAACGCAGAAUCCGAUGUCUCUACACUAACGGCUACAAGCAAGAUAACGCUUCGAAGAAGAGAGCUACCGAAGUUGGUAACUACUACCAAAACUUCAACAUCUAGUUCUUCUAGUAGCACACAUAAAGCAACAUCGACUAAUGUGUCUUCAACUUCUAAUUCCAAGUCUACAGUAACAACAAAAACCAGUUCAGUUACUUCCCAAAAAAGUAUGCCAAAGAUAGUCAGCAGUAGUAGCAGUAGCAUAGAUACAUCACAAACUGCAUCUGUUACUACUGCUCCAAAAAUCAGUUCCACUCCAGUAACGAUUCCCGCCACGGAUGGUAACUAUAACAUAUAUCGCAGCAAUCAGUUGGAUGGAACAGUUUUCAUCGCCUUUGGUAGUUGUCUAGCUUUCAUUUUGGUAUUACUUCUUUCAUUAUGGGCAUUCCUAGCCUUUAAUGCUUGGAAUGGUGCACGUAAAGAAUACCAGCGUAAAGCAAUUGAAGAGAAAUAUCAAUAUGAUCCGUUCUAUUUCAAUAAUAGCAAUAAUAGUAAUAAGAGUUCUUCUUUAUCAGCAUCCUCUUCCUCCAAUAAUAGUAAUUAUUCAGAUAAUGAAAGUGAUAUUUCAGAAAAGUUUUUGAAACCGAAAAAUUCUAGAAUGACAUUAUACAGCAUGAACUCUGCAUCUGCAUUAAACCUCUUAAAUGGGAAAUCUUCCAAUACAGAAUUCAAUAGCAGUGAAAAAACAAAUAAUGACUUAAAUAGUACGUUUAGAAACUCCAUGUUUAUCUCACCUACUGAAAUAUUACAACAGGAGACUCAAUUUAAUAACAACAGUAUCAAUGGAAGCAGCAUAUUCGAUUCAACCAACAGUACGCCGAAGAUUCAAACUUUCCCAACUCAGAUAAUUGCGAAUAAUAAUGGCUCUAAUUUUGCAUCUUUAAAUACUACAGAUUUUGAAGGUCUUGGCUUGAAACUAAAUCCUGGCUCCGAAGGAACUCCAGACUCUAACGACAAAAAGAAGAACUUCAGACCACCCAGCGUUCAUCUUGACCAAUUAUUAGAUAGCGAGGAUUAG